AUGAUCAUUGUGCACGUCAACGACCGGCUCGGCACCAAGGCGGCGAUCCCGUGCCUGGCGUCCGACUCGAUCAAGAACUUCAAGAUCAUGGUGGCGGCGCGCAUCGGGCGCGAGCCGCACGAGAUCAUGCUGCGCAGGCAGGGGAUGCGCCCGUUCAAGGACAUGCUCACGCUGGCCGACUAUGAGAUUAGCAAUGGUGUGCAGCUUGAUCUCGAGGUCGAUACUGGCGACUGA